AUGAAAACAAUUUUCUGCUGUCCCAACAAUGAGAGAGCAGGAACUUUUGGUUUAAAUUCUGAGGAACAUCAGCAGCAACCACAAAGAUCCUAUUCUGCGACUUAUUCUGAGCAAGAAAUUCUACGAUGGCGUGACGCACGGAGGAAGAAUCACCCUUCCAGAGAAAAAAAUGAGAAGACGCAGAGUGAACAAUCGAAAGACUCCAAGUGCAUUGAUAGAGAGGUUUUACAAAGAGAGCUCAAAGAGGUUUUAGCAAAGCAAGCUGAGUUGGGAGUUGAAGUUGCCGAAAUACCUUCAUACUAUCUGAAGAAUGCUGCAAAUCAAGGCCUUCAGAGUGAAGAGAAUGAAACCCCAUUUACCAACAAAAGAAAAUUCAAAAACAAGGCAAGAAGGAAUCCAAACAAAAGGCGUCGGAACGGCAAGAAGCAGAAGCUGGCUGACAAAGAUUUUUUAGAAAACAAGAAGAAGCCAACUUUAUUACAGAAACUCUUGAGUGCAGAUAUAGUGAGGGAUCAAAGCUACCUGUUUCAGGUUUUCAGGUUCAUGACAGCGAAUUCGUUCUUGAAGGAUUAUCCUGAUAAGCCUCUGGUAUAUCCACCAGUUUUGGUAAAAGAAAUGGGGUCUGAAGUUUAUGAUGGAAAAAAACAUUUGCAUGGCGGAAAAGAUGUUGUUGAAGAUGGUACCAAGGGAAUAGUUGAAACACAACUUGUUGGGAAACAAGUUUAUUACUAGAACAGAU